GACCAGAGUGAGAGUGUCAGCAUAAUAUGGUCCAAUUUCAUUUUUGAUCCGUUUUUAGGACUAGGGUAUCCAAAUACUUAAUAAUUUAAUUGAACUUUAUCGCGCAAAUUUAACAUGCUUUUACAGACUCCAUAACCUCUAGCAAAUUUAUCACACGCUUGUUCGGAUUUAACAAGAAAAACAGUUUAAUACUGUCAGCGCUAAGCAAUCUCUUUGUUAUCCAGCCCUAUCUAAAACAUUAGGUGACAUCUACUUUGAUAUCAUCAGUAUCUGAUUUAUUUUUUUCAUUCUUAUCUAUUCCAGACGAUGGAAACGCUCCUAGCCUUGUGUACCCUAGUCACACUAGUGCUGACGUCAUCAGGCUUGCCAUUCCCCCCUCUGAGUGACGCAGAGAUUGAUUACGUGAACAAUGUAGCCCACACCACCUGGCGAGCUGGCCGAAACUUCCAACAGUCCCAACUGGACAUGGUCAAGCAUAUGCUGGGGUACAACUGGGAGGCCAAUGACAAAAUGCACAAGAAAUUCCAGAACAGGCGACGCGUGGAGGUGAGGAAAGACCUCCCUUCACAGUUUGACCCCCGUAAGAAAUGGCCUAACUGUACCUCUUUGGGAGAGAUCCGUGACCAGGCCAACUGUGGAUCGUGCUGGGCUUUUGGCGCUGUGGAAACUAUGAGUGAUAGAAUUUGCAUCCACGGAGGAGGCAAUGUUCACAUCUCAGCAGACGAUAUGCUCUCCUGCUGUCCUUACUGCGGAAUGGGUUGUGAGGGAGGGUAUACGCUCAUGGCCUGGAUGUGGUACGUCCACGGCGGUGUAGUGACCGGUGGUCAGUAUAAUUCGUCCGAAGGAUGUAAAACGUAUUUCUUACCUCACUGCGACCACCACACGAAGGGACGAUACAAGCCGUGUGGAGAGGUGACGGGAAAGCCAGAGUGUGUGAAGAAAUGCCGAGAGGGUUACGGGAAAGACUACGAGUCGGAUAAACACAGAGGGCGAGAACACUACCACGUGUGGGACGUGAGAGAGAUCAUGCAGGAGCUGGUAGACCGCGGACCCGUCGAGGCUUCCAUGGAGGUCUACAGCGACUUUAUCUCGUACAAAAGCGGCGUGUAUCAAGUGACCAAGGGCGCGUCAAAGCUCGGGAGUCACGCCAUUAAGAUCUUGGGCUACGGGGUGGAGAACGGUACAGAGUACUGGAAUGUAGCCAACUCGUGGAACGCCGACUGGGGAGACCGAGGCUUCUUCAAGAUCAGACGUGGGCACAACGAGUGUGGCAUUGAGAGCCACGUCAUCACUGGUCUGCCUAGAAUUUGACCUCUGUGACGUUAAGGUUUUUUUUACGGUAGUAAUUACUUUUUAAAUUAAUUGACUAAUUAAAGCAAAACCACAAUUUGCA